AUGACCAAGAAAAGGAUUGCAGUCAUCGGAGCUGGGGCGAGUGGCUUAGUCUCCAUCAAAUGCUGCUUAGAUGAAGAUCUGGAGCCGGUGUGCUUUGAGAUGAGCGGUGAUAUCGGGGGGCUCUGGAGAUUCGAGGAGGAACCCAAGGAAGGCCGGGCCAGCAUUUACAGAUCUGUGAUCAUCAACACUUCCAAGGAGAUGAUGUGCUACAGUGACUUCCCCAUUCCUGAAGACUACCCCAACUUCAUGCACAACUCCAAGAUCAUGGAAUACUUCCGGAUGUACGCCAAGCACUUUGACCUUCUGAAGUACAUCCGCUUCAGGACUAAAGUUUGUAACAUCAGCAAGAGUUCAGACUUCGCUGAAACGGGUCAGUGGAAUGUUGUCACAGAGACCAAUGAGAAACAGGAGUCCUCUGUUUUCGAUGGGAUCAUGGUAUGCACUGGCCACCAUACCAACGCCUACCUGCCACUGCACUCUUUCCCAGGCAUAGAAAAAUUCAAGGGGCGCUACAUCCACAGUCGAGAUUAUAAGGACCCCACUGAGUUCAAGGGAAAAAGAGUUAUUGUGGUUGGCAUAGGGAAUUCAGGAGUGGACAUUGCUGUGGAGAUAAGCCAAGUGGCCAGCCAGGUUUUCCUUAGCACCAGGCGUGGGGCAUGGAUCAUCAAUCGUGUUUGGGAUGGUGGAGAACCCCAAGAUCUUUUUUACAACCAACGCUUUUUCCAUUUACUCUUCAAAUGCCAUUUCUUGCGUAAAAACCUACACUUUCUUGCGAAGAGAAAACUUAACAAAAGGUUUAACCACGCCUUGUAUGGACUCCAGCCUCAACACCGCCUUGACAGUCAACAUCCGACCAUCAACGAUGAUCUCCCAAACCGCAUCAUUUCUGGCCGAGUGGUGAUAAAACCAAACAUCAAGGAGUUCACUGAAACAUCCGUCCUCUUUGACGGCAGCAAGGAGGACGACAUUGAUUUUGUUGUGUUUGCCACGGGAUACAGUUUCUCGUUCCCCUUCCUUGAUAACUGCAUCAGUGUUGCGGAUAACCAGGUCACCCUGUAUAAAUACAUCUUCCCACCUCUCUUGGAGAAGCCAACUCUGGCUAUCAUUGGCCUGAUCCAGCCUCUAGGGGCCAUCAUGCCCAUUUCAGAGCUGCAGGCUCGCUGGGUUACACGCGUGUUUAAAGGGCUGUGUGAGCUGCCUUUGGCAAACGACAUGUUGGAGGACAUUCGCUUCAAGGAAGUGGAAAUGGCCAAACGGUAUGUGAGAAGUCGUCGGCACACAAUCCAAGUGGAUUAUAUCGAAUACAUGGACGAAAUAGCUGCUCUGAUACCUGCGAAUUUCAAUAUGUGGCUCCUUUUCCUCAAGGAUCCCAAACUGGCCUGGGAGGUUUUAUUUGGGCCUUGCACGCCGUAUCAGUACCGACUACAAGGACCAGGAAAAUGGGACAAGGCCAGGAAAGCUAUCCUGACCCAACAUGAGCGCAUCCGGAAGCCCUUUAGGACCAGGGCUGUGCCUGAUUCCCUCAGUCAGUCCAGACAGCCACUUGUCUUUAAGGCUUUUCUAGCAGUUGCUAUAGUUACCACAUUGUUGGGAUGGUUUGAACCAUUGUCUUCCUUGGUUAUAUAGUAAUAUUCUGAGGAAAGCUGAGAUUUUCUGCUUUGGACUAUUAUUAUUAUUAUUAUUAUUUAGUCUGUGAGGGAGGAAGGGGAGGGAUUCUCUUUUCUGGUGACAAUAGCAUCCUUUUUUAAAAAAAAAUCUGUAACAUGCAAAUAGGUACAUGUACACACAAUAAAAUGUAAUAUUUAACUUUCUGAACUUCAAAGCUGGUGCACAGUAUUCACAUUAACUAUUGAUGUCAUACAACCAAUAAAUGUCUGUGAAGUA